AUGAUGGAUCCAUACUCUUAUUCGGCAGGCAACUUUCACCGCCUGCCGGCGUUUCCAUCAAGUGGUUACAUGAGUAAAGCUGAUGUGUUCCGGCCAGACAACGGAGCCUCCAUUCGGCCGUUCGCCAGUGUUCCUAUGCUCCACGAUCAGUCGGGUACCAAUGUCGGAGGCUCCCCUUCAGGAGGCGGCGGUUCAAUGCUACCCUCGUUCGGCUUCACCCAGGAGCAGGUGGCGUGUGUCUGCGAGGUGCUUCAGCAGGGAGGCAACAUAGACCGGCUAGCUCGAUUCUUGUGGUCUCUCCCUGCCUGCGAACACCUCCACAAGAAUGAAAGCGUUCUCAAAGCCAAAGCUGUGGUGGCCUUUCACAGAGGCAACUUUAAGGAGUUGUAUAAAAUUCUAGAGAACAACCAGUUUGCUCCACAUAAUCAUCCCAAGCUGCAGGCGCUGUGGUUGAAAGCGCACUAUGUCGAAGCGGAGAAACUUCGUGGAAGACCGUUGGGUGCCGUGGGAAAAUACCGGGUGAGGAGGAAGUUUCCGCUGCCUAGAACUAUCUGGGAUGGAGAAGAGACAAGUUACUGCUUUAAGGAAAAGUCCAGAACUGUGUUAAGAGAGUGGUACUCACACAAUCCCUACCCCUCGCCAAGGGAGAAGCGAGAGUUGGCGGAGGCAACCGGACUGACAACUACUCAAGUCAGUAAUUGGUUCAAAAACAGACGGCAGAGAGAUCGGGCGGCUGAAGCUAAAGAUCGAGAGCACCCUGGAAUGCCGGGACAGCCGGGUAUGCUUCAAGAUCCAAACUCACCCAACUCAGAUGAUAUCAAAGAAGAACACAGUCCAGAACCUCUCGGUGGUCAAGGAAAACUAGGCCACCAAUCCCCACCGCACCCGUCCGCCAUUUACGCCGAUUUACAAAAAGCUUCCAGUAUGGCCGCAUCAGCUUCCGCCGGAAGCAUGAUGGCGGCUGCGCACAGCAUGAUGGGAGGUCAUCAUAACCACGCGCUAGGGCAUAUGGGUCACCAUCUAUCAAAUGCGGGAGCAGUGGUGAAUCCUGCAAUCAAUCAUAUGCUACAGGAGUAUCAGACUUUAUGA